UUAUGAUGUGCCAUUAUAUGUUGGUAGUAUUUUAAAUAUUUUUAACAGUGGCUCAUGGCUAAGAGUAAUGUCUUCAGUCUCAAAGGAAAUUUUAGACUAGGACUUUUCCAAAAAGUAGUUCUUGGACUUUUAAAACCUUGGUGAGUCUUGGUGAUUGGGUAACUAUAUUUUACACAAAGAGAUGAUAAAUCUUUUCAGGACCAGAACAGAAUUGUAAGAUUUACUUAAAACAUCCCCCCUAAAUCUCAGGUGGGGUAGUGAAGGUGAGUAGACCGUGGAGUGAGUAUGUUCAUCACUGAAUUCAUCCUCUAAUGAGUUUAGCUACUGCAUGUGCUGUUAGAAGUGUAACCUGGCUAGGAGCAGGACUAUGUGGGCAUAAACUGAAAAGUACCAUCAUUCUCUGGCUUUUCUUUGCAUACUCUCCCUUUUGGUUACCAUGACAUGAGAAGCCUUUUCUUCCCUGGUCCUUCCCCAGCAGGCCUUUGUCUCGGAGCCAGUCAGCAUGAACCAAAAGAGCACUAACUUACAGCCUGGAAGGACACCUCACCAACAUCAGUUCCUGUCUGCGAAGAGGCUUGCUCUUCAAAUUAGAAGGGACCAUCACUUUUACACCAACUCUGUUACGGUCUCCUGAGCAAACACUGUAUACUGUCAAACUGCUAAAAUAGGCCUCUCCUGCGUGUAAGGCCUGGUUGGAAUCUCUGAGCUAACAAUGCUACAGCAGUUGGCCUCCAUAUGCACUGCCUCAGACUUCUGCCACCCGCUGUCUGCUGGUAUAGCUGUCAGGACCUAAAGAAUAUCUCCUGCCUUUGAUUUGCUCCUGUCAGGCAGUUCAUGUUUGUUUUAAGAUGGAAAGACCCACCCAGGCAUCAAAAAAUUAUGUGUCCUCUUUUUGAGAAACCCUCACAGAUGACCUUGUUGAUUUCCCAUCUCAACAUAUUGCAGCACUUCUGACUGAUGACAUCCAAGCUGCCUGCUGGAAAGACUGAAAAGCUCUGCACAAUGUCUUGCACAAACUGACUACAAGAAAAAAUCCACAAAUUUCUUAGAGCUUCUGCAUCCUAUAAAAUGUGGGCCCUUCAGUUCACAUAAACAAUGAUGCUUACUCAGCGCUGCCUAGUCCCUUUUUUAUCUUCAUGCUCUAAUUGCUGCUGUCCUUGCAAUUAAGAAACCUGACAAGCUCAUCUUAGUCCAAGCCCUCAUUGUCCAGGUGCCUCAUGCUGUACUGGACAUCCUGAGUAAGUGUCGACCACCCAGUCCUCACAUGUGUCUGCCCACCACGCUUGGCCCACCAGAUGGUGUUGGGAGCCACCACAUUGCCAAGCCGCCGCAUAUAGGGAUCAUGCGGCCUGUGGUAAAGAGUAAAGCCUGAGUUAGAUUACCCCUCCCAUCGAACACGUUAGUUUCCUGCUUACCGCGUAAACAACCCGCUCAAUAAUAUGUUAGCCAAUCAGCUUGCCUUGCUUACUUUGAUAUGAUUGGACACUGUAUCCGUAUAUAUACUGGUGCCACCCCUGGGGGGAAGGAGAAGCCCGGAAGGAGCCGCGGAGAGCGGACCGGUAGAGGCUUCGGAGCGAAGCACGGAAGGAGCCGCGGGGAGCGGACCAGAGGAGGCUUCGGCUGGGAGCGAUCCCAGGGCAGGCUGUUCGGAGAGAAAAUAAAAGAAAAGGUUGUCCACUGCCAGACUUUGUCGUGUGUCCUUCCUGCCGGCCGGGAGCGACAUCGACAUUUGGUGGCCCGCACGGGGAACAACUGAUCACCCCCGAGACGUGGUAGUGGACAACGUUCCUUGAUACAGCACUGCGAGACAGGUGAGUAGGGGAUAAACCUGGGCCCUGGGUGGCGCGCACCUACAGGGUUUUUAGACUCCCCUCAGGCUCACGCGUAAGUGGCGGAUUUUUGGGCCUCACGCGGUGAGUAACAUAUUAAAUAUGGGUAACGUACCGAGUAACGACACCCAGCCCUUGGUACAGGUCCUCCGGAAGCUCUUAAAGUCCAGAGACCUCAAGGUGGGACGCAAAACGCUGGAGAGCUUUUUUGAGGAGAUUGAUAGUUUCGCUCCCUGGUUCUUGCCCACAGGGCACUUAAACCUGCCCUCGUGGGAGAAGUUGGGCAGGGAUCUUUCUCUAGCAGAAAGGGAGGGCGGGGCUUCGGUCUUCGCUCGGCCACUGUGGGAAAUGAUAUAUGCAUGCUUGAAGAGCGAGGGUGGUUGCAGGGAAGGUUCUCAAGAGCUCAUUAAAGUGCGUAGGGCAUUCGAAAAGGCCCAGUCAGGGAGCUCCCGGGAGGGGUCCGUCAAAGGAGACAAAGAUAUAAAGGAGGAAGACGGGGCUCAGGCCUCGGAGUCGUCUGACUCCGAGAACGAGGAAGGCUUAGACAACGAUGAGACCAAGGAGCCUAGAUGCCAAGAGGAUAGGCCGCUCGAUAAGGAGUCGCAGGGUUCUUUCCCAGCGUUGCGCCGCGAAUUGCGCUCCGCUCAACUUGGUCUGCGGAGGAGUAGAGAGCUCCUGAGCGCCCCCUGGCGCGAGAGGGAGGCGAAGCCUUCCGCCCCACCUUGGGGGCUGUUCCCGGAAGCGAUCCCUCGCCACGAGGCGGCCGCGUGGGAGCUCCCUCCCCUUUCGCCAGAACAGAAAGUGAUGCACGGGCCCCCAUUUUCCGCCCAAUCACGGCCGCCGUCUUAUGCUCCGCCGCCGGCGGGUCGGUAUUUUUACAGGCGGCUUUGGCAGGGGGGACAUUUGUCUCAUGAGGUACAUCCACCACCUGGGAUAGAUAGUGGCCCCUACGGGAUAUUUCCUGUACAAGUAGCUAUGGGCCAGGGACGUAAUGCAUGGGAGCCUUUUGAGAUAAAGCAGAUUAGAGAACUUAAAAAUGCAGUUACAACCUUUGGGCUGACUGCGCCUUACACCAUUGCCAUGCUGGAGAACCUGUCUUCUGGGCCCCUCACCCCCGCGGACUGGAUUCAGCUGGCAAAGGCGUGUCUGCCCUCGGGUAGUUACCUGGAUUGGCGAGCCUGGUACACAGAGUUCUCUGCCGAGCAGGCUGAGAAAAACGCUGGUUGAGGAAAUGGGGGCUGAGGAUUUAGCUCAGCGGCAUAAGCGCCUGCCUUGUAAGCAGGCAAUCGCCAGUUCGAUCCCUGGUACCAAUAAAAAAAAAAAAAAAAAAAAAAAAAAAAAAACGAAAAAGAUAAAAAUAAAAAAUAAAAAAUAAAAAACAAAAAGGGGGAGUAAGCCAAGGCCUGGCUCCAAAGGUGCGGUUAUCUAUGGCAUGACAAUGGAUGGGCCCGGAUCCGGUAAUCAGCUGGAACCGAGGUGCGGUUUGUGUUUUUCUGCAGGAAUCGGGACGAGAACCACUGUGGGUACCGGAGAGACUGACACGGGCGACAAAGCCCUCGACAGAAGAUCAGACCUGCCCUACCGGAGAUCCAUCACAGACCAACCAACAAGAUGAAUAAAAAUAGCGGUAGCCCGAAAUAGACAAGAAGAUCCUCAGGCAUAUGCAUGGCUCGCUCGCCUAGCCUACGACCGAGUCUAGGGACGGUGAGCUUCCCACACUCCUCCUCUAAAAAAUUAUGAUAUAGCAGGGUAGAUGAGUCAAUGACGGGUAAGAGCAUGCCUCCCCAGCAUGACUCAACCUAAGACAGGCCCUACCCCAUACCGCACGAAAGCCGCUGAAUUACUAGGUUCCGCCCGAACCAAAUGUCGCCCCGGGGGGGAUCAUGCGGAGCGACAUGAGUGUAUGCCUGUGUGCAUCCAGGUUCCGUCCGGUUCCUUCCUGGCCCUGGAAAAAGGACGAGGGCCUCGGGGCCUUGGCAGACUCGGGGACGGCCGACCCGGGCCGACGCCGAGAGCCCUUGGUGGGCCUCCUAUCAGGGCAUAGGCCUCUACACUCAAUUCAGGACGGGCUACGAUGCGUAGACUUAUUUAAAAUAAAAAAGGGGGAGAUGUUGGGAGCCACCACAUUGCCGAGCCGCCGCAUAUAGCGAUCAUGCGGCCUGUGGUAAAGAGUAAAGCCUGAGUUAGAUUACCCCUCCCAUCGAACACGUUAGUUUCCUGCUUACCGCGUAAACAACCCGCUCAAUAAUAUGUUAGCCAAUCAGCUUGCCUUGCUUACUUUGAUAUGAUUGGACACUGUAUCCGUAUAUAUACUGGUGCCACCCCUGGGGGGAAGGAGAAGCCCGGAAGGAGCCGCGGAGAGCGGACCGGUAGAGGCUUCGGAGCGAAGCCCGGAAGGAGCCGCGGAGAGCGGACCGGUAGAGGCUUCGGAGCGAAGCACGGAAGGAGCCGCAGGGAGCGGACCAGAGGAGGCUUCGGCUGGGAGCGAUCCCAGGGCAGGCUGUACGGAGAGAAAAUAAAAGAAAAGGUUGUCCACUGCCAGACUUUGUCGUGUGUCCUUCCUGCCGGCCGGGAGUGACAUCGACAAGAUGGUGCCUAAAAUCUGACUCCCUCUGAUGGAUGCUGAGUAGACCCUGCUUAUGAAUGCAAGUGACUCGUUCAGGACAAGUUAGAGAUGCUGUUGUCACCUUGGAUGAAGUUAUUUUGGCCAAAACUACUACUGCUUCCUGCUGCUGUUUGGAAACCUGCUACCAAAAUAUUACAUGAAACUCCAUUAGAAUGUACAAUCUUAUGUCUUAUUGUAUCAUCUAAAAUAAAUUUCACAAAGUGAAUGAAACAUGAUGAAGAAAUGUUCAGAUAAAACAAAAUAAAA